UAUCUUUAUACAUCCAUAUUACGCACCCACCAGACUACAGGAAGCUGGGGAGUUUUCAUGCGCAAUUUGCAGACUUCAGUUUAAAUAAUCCAGUGAUCCAAGACUUGAGCGAUGGCAGACAAGGAGCUUUUCAAGAUGAGGAAUAAGUUUGUGGAGAACGUGAACAGAGAACUUAUUAAGCAGCUCCUGGAUGACCUUCUCAAGGAUGGCGUUGUGAAUCGCGGAGAGAAAAAUUCAAUACUUGAGGACAACACAAACACAGCAGACAUGGCACGCUGCCUCAUUGACACAGUGAUGGGGAAAGGAGAUGAAGCCAGCAGGAAGAUGAUUGCUCACCUUCAACACAGAGAUUCUAUGUUUUACAAAAACCUGUCCUCCGAGCAGAAGUCGUCAACCACACUCAAACCAACCGAUGAUCCGCCCUACCUUGUGACUGAAGAAUCCAUCAGGAGUCGUGUGGCCCUGCUCAUCACCAACAUAGAAUUUACUCAUUUAAAAAACAGAAAUGGAGCAGAGAAAGACGAGCAGAAUAUGGAGAACCUACUUAAAAAGUUGGGAUACGAGGUGGUGAAACACACAGAUCUCACUGGAAAGGAGAUUGAUGAUGCUGUAAUUAAGUUCUCCAGACAUCCAAAACUCAAAGAGACAGACAGUGUGUUUGUGGUUAUCAUGUCUCACGGGGAAAUGAGAGCUGUCUGCGGUGUCAACUAUAAAAAGGGGCAACCGGAUGAAAAACAAGACAAAUUCCCCAUUGAUAACAUUUACAAACACUUGGGGACAGAGGAAUGUCCAGCGCUGCUGAACAAACCCAAGAUCAUCAUCAUCCAGGCCUGCAGAGGAGGAAACGAUGGAUCUGUGCUUGUUAGUGAUAGUGCAGAAGCAGCUGUGGUUUGUGAUAAUGUGGAGCAGCCAGGUCUGUCCUUGUCUGCUGGUGAAGAAGACAUCCAGGAUGAUGCUUUGCGACGUGCACACAAAGAAAAAGACUUCAUUUCUCUUCUUUCUUGCGCUCCUGAUACUGUCUCAUAUAGACAUCCAAAUGAAGGGUCUUUUCUUAUCCAGUACAUUGUUGAGGUGUUCAACAACUUCUGGCGUGAAAAGCACAUUGAGGAACUUUUCAGAAAAGUGAUGCGACGCUUUGAAGAUCUUUUAGUCCGCACCGAGAGAGGUCAAGAUACACAGAUGCCAAUCAAAGACAGAUGCAGUUUAACAAGACACUUCUACCUCAGGCCACUGAGUCAGGCUUGAGUGUUGCUUAAUGCAGUUUGUUUAACAUUAAACAUUAUGAUCGCAAUGUUUUAUAAGGAACUGCUUUGUUAAUACAAAGUGUAGCCUUGAACUUUGUUUAUACUGUAUGAAAAAGUAAUCUUGUCUGCUCCACAGUCAGCUGAGGCAAUGUAAUAAAUGUGUGAUGAAAAUGAUAUGAAGAAAAAUACUAUUAAGAAUCAUAUUUGUUGUAUCUACGUGAAAUAAUCAAUAUGUACUCUUGGUGGUUAGUGGUGAAAACUUUCCUGGUGUACUGUAUAACUGCUACUGAUGAAUUAUUAUGAAUUACACACUGCUGUUUUUAUCUGUUUUAAUGGCUCCACCUGAAAAUGAUACUUUUAGCAUUUGUUAUGGUGAUUUCAGUCUUUAAUAGAUUAUAAGGAAAGACAGAGAAUGGUUUGAUAUGUCUCUGAAUUAUCAUUUAUUCUGGUAUCAGUGUAUUUUGUCAUUUAAUCCAUGAUUUUCCUUUUUGUCUCCAC